GGACCGGUUCUGCAUAUCACGUGACACUCGUGGAAUUUCUUUCACCCCUCUCUCUCUCUCUCUUUCGCUCGCUCGCUGUUCCACUGCAGAACGAUGGCAGAAGCGACGAACCCAGCGGCCACCUCCUUCCCUGUGCCCACCAUCUCGCUGCCGCUGGGGCCGGACAUCAUCCGGACCUACUCGGGAGCUCUGAUCUGCAUGGAGAUUAUCUUCGGGGGUUUGGUUUGGAUUCUCGUGGCUUCCUCGAAUGUCCCCGUGCCACUGCUCCAGGGCUGGGUCAUGUUCGUGUCUGUCACUUUGUUCUGCUGCUCUGCGGCCUACCUCUCUCUCUUCCUGCUUGGCCUUGCUGACCGCAUCAACACUGACUGGAACUUCAUGGAUAUGAUGUACCACUUCAUGGCGCUACUCUUCUAUUUCUCAGUGUUUGUGCUGGAGGCGGCGGUGACGUCUGGGGUUCAUAAACACAACACGAACACGACAGUGUGUUUGUCCAAACCCAGCACUAACAUCAUCACCUUCAUGGACUUCAGACAGUACAGUAUUAAUGUGGUGGCUACGAUAUUUGCCUUCUUUGUGACUGUGUUCUAUGGCUGCAGCAUGUUCAUGGGCUUUAAGCGAUGGAGGAAGUGACGAUGAGACUCACCCCAUUACAGCGACGCUCCCUGAUCACACGUUUACUCCAAGUGUGCUACUUUCACACACACACACACACACACACACACACACACACAUACACACA